AUGUCCAAAAGACGGUCAGAUUCAGACUCAUCAGACUCGGAAGAACAAGAAAUGCCAAGAGCAAUCACCCUCGCUUCCAUUCCGACGCUGCGUUAUCUGUAUAAGAACAAGACGCUCGUCCAAUGUAGGCCACGCUUCCCGCAUCGUGAAUCGUUGUUGGACCGUGUUUCACUCUUCCAGGGAGAUAUAACGAGAUUGGAGGUGGAUGCGAUUGUAAACGCUGCAAAUAGAUCACUUCUAGGCGGAGGCGGAGUUGAUGGCGCCAUUCAUCAAGCCGCAGGCUCAGGUCUUCUCAAAGAAUGUCGUACGUUGGGAGGAGCCGACACAGGAGAUGCCAAAAUUACAGGAGGAUACAAGUUACCUUCAAAGCAUGUUAUCCAUGCUGUUGGCCCAAUCUAUUCGAGUUCUGAACGUGAUAUCAAAGCCGCUCAACUCGAGGCGUGCUACGAAAACUCGAUAGACCUGGCUAUCGCCAACAAGCUCUCUAGUAUCGCAUUCUGCUCCAUCUCGACGGGCAUUUAUGGCUAUCCCAUCGUGGAUGCAACGCACAUCGCAUUACAAACGACACGAGAGAUACUCGAGAAAGAAUCUUCCUCUGGUAUAGAGCGCGUCAUCUUUGUCGUCUGGAGUGACAAGGACAAGCAUGUAUACCAAGUCGGAUGUGGAAGAGACGCAAAGGCCAGAAGCCCAGAGAAUAAAGCACCCGAGCCGACUGAGUCAACAUCUGCUGCAACCGAGGCUCCAAAGAGCUCGAAUACCGUUGCUCCCGAGUCGGAGACUCCAAAGGAAAAUGUAGCCGUUGAUGAAGCAGAAAAGAAAGGCGAACCCACAAAAGAGCCAGAGGCAGGCGAUAACAAGGAAACCGUAGAGGUACCCAAGCCGGAAGAUGCCAAAGAAACGGUUGACCCGAAGAAGGAUGAUGUCAAGGAAACCGUAGAAGAGUCGAAGAAGGCCGAAUAA